CAGACAAACACCAAUCAGACUACCUAAUUGAAAACACAUUUGGGAUUUUAGCAGAUCACAGCAGCGCUAGCCAAGUACCAUUAAUCUGGGCCAAGAAAACGUGGAGAAGAAAGUAAUGAAUUGUGUUCUGCACAUCUACUUGAGACAUGAAAGUGGAGGGCUUUUCUCUGCUGAAAGCACCGACAGCACCUAAUAUGCGUCUAAGGAACAACUCUGAGGAUGGCUUAGAUGGCAGCCAGCUGUUUGAGGAUACGAGUGGAGCUGCACGUGGACUACAGACAGGUAACCAGCCGGCCAGGCCUCAAGCAGCGGGAUUUCCUGCCCAGUCCAUCCUGUCAGACCCCAUGUCUAACCUGGCCAUGGCAUAUGGCAGCUCACUGGCAUCCCAGGGCAGGGAAAUGGUGGACAAGAAUCUGGACAGGUUCAUCCCAAUUUCUAAGCUGAAAUAUUACUUUGCUGUGGAUACGAUCUACGUUGGGAAGAAGCUUGGCCUUCUAGUUUUCCCUUACAUGCACGAGAACUGGGAGGUGAGCUACCAGCAGGACACUCCUGUGGCUCCACGCUUUGAUGUGAACGCUCCUGAUCUCUACAUUCCCGCCAUGGGCUUCAUCACAUACGUCCUGGUGGCUGGACUGGCCCUCGGCACACAGAACAGGUUUUCUCCAGAGCUGCUGGGAGUUCAGGCCAGCUCAGCGUUGGUGUGGUUGAUCAUGGAGGUCCUGGCGGUCCUGCUGUCGCUCUACCUUGUGACCGUUAACACUGACCUAACGACCAUUGACCUGCUGGCCUUUUCUGGCUAUAAAUAUGUUGGGAUGAUUGUUGGCGUAGUAACAGGCCUGUUGUUUGGGAGACCAGCGUACCAUCUCUCUCUACUUUGGUGCUGUGCCGCCAUCUUUGUCUUUAUGAUCAGGACCCUGCGUCUGAAGCUGUUAUCCGAGGCGGCGGCGGAGGGGAGACUGGUGAGAGGAACCAGAAACCAGCUGAGGAUGUACCUCACCAUGUCUAUAGCGGCAGCACAACCCAUCUUCAUGUACUGGCUGACCUACCACCUCGUCAGAUAAAACCCACACACUCACUGCGUAAAUGAACUUUUCUGUCUGAAUGCCCUCGUAACCACCUUAAAAUCUCAAGAAUACACACACACACACACACAUAUAUCAAAGGAGCUGGACUUGGAUGAAACACAACAACCACAGAUGUUUGCAAAAUAUCCCAUCACUUCACAGACAUUGAGACUCCACACCUUGUAUACAUGGAGCAAAAAACAACAACACAUGCUACAAGAUUAGGAGAGGAAGUGAGGCACUACUGCCUUUUCUCUCACAGCACAGCCCUGUGUCGUUAGUAUUGCCUUUUUUUGUCCUUUUUUUUAUGUAAUGUCUUCGAUGUUUAAAGAUGUCUAGCAAAAGUAAGUGGCUUUAAGUUGGUUUUCUAUACUUUGUAAUUAUUUGUUAAUUAUGUUUUUUACUAAUAUUUAAGAAUGUUUGUGAAAGCAAAAGUGUUAUUUCAGAUGUUGCUCUGGUCUGAUAUUUCACGUGAUUUUUCUGAGCCGACUGAAGAAAGCACACUAACCUCAUACAAACCGUCCAUUUAAUGACAAGAAAUAAGUCUAAUCCAGGUUUGAAAGUUUCUCUGCUUUGAUUUUUGACAAAUGUUUACUUCAUGGUGGAGAGAAAUACCUGUUCUCUUAUAAUUGGAUCUGGAAACAAGGGUAAUCUAUCUGGUGUAUCAGUGUGGGUGUAGUAACCCCUCAGUUUUAUCCAUUUCAUCAUUUUGUAUGUGCUUUGAUACAUGUAUGAGCUUUGCUGCCUGACAAUUCUUGAAUAGAAACAUCAUCUGUUUGUAAGCCAAGACAUGAGGCUGUAGACCUCGCAAUUAAAAUAUUGACUUAACUUUGAUAUCCUUUUUAAAAACCAAGUAAAUUAUUCAGUGCUUUUCAUAUUGAAAGAUGUAAUGAAAGUGGAGAGAUGGUUUGUUCUGUGAAAAUGGUUGAGUCUCUGAGAUACUUGAAAUAUGUCAGAAAUUAUUUCAUGUGCUUUAAUGUGCUUAUGAAUCAUUUAAUGUCACAGCUUUUUUUUCUUUUUUUUUAUGUUGCCUAUGUCUGCUCAAACCAGGGUAGGAAUUACAUUUAUUUAAAUAAAUUCAGGAAGCUAUUCAAAAUUCAGGAUUGUAGCAUUUUCCCUAAAACGCAUAAUUAUUGAAGAAUGCUUUUUCUCAGUCAACUGAGAUGCCAAUAAAACUUUUUUCAA